UUGAUGAUAUUCCUGAAAACUCUUCUUCAUCUAAAAUUAGGUCAAAACUCUUAGACCCUGAUGAAUAUCUCGAAGAUGAUGAUAUGAAAGAAGACUUAAAAGAUUUCAGUAUUAUUACAAAAGCUACUCCUUUUGCAAUUGCUAGAGUUUCAGUUCGAUGCGUCAAUUUGACGUAUUCAGUAAUUGUCUACUUUGCAACAUCAGACACGACUACUGCAGCUUUACACGUGACUAUUACUGAUCUUAAGAUCGACACUUUCUGUGAUUUCUCCCAAUACAAAGCUGAUAUACAAUUUAAUGAAAGAACUAUUCAUGUUACUGAUAUUCCUCUAUAA